AUGCAAUUUAGCAUUGGCAAAGACACUGUUGAUUGUUACGGAGCCGAUACCCGACACCACACAGUGCUGGCAUUCAAGGAUCUUGACUCUAAAAGUUAUGAAAAAGUUGCGGCGACUUUCUACUGGAAUAGUCUGCCACAGACUCAAGCUGUCAAGCAAAGCUAUGGCAUGUGGUCGGCCUUGGCUCCCAAGGAACGAACUUUGCCUAAAGCCAUUGAUCUCACUCGUCCACUUUUUGAAGUGGAGGAUGCCGGCACUUCCACUCAAGCACCGGGCCAGAAGGAGUUGGGUGCUGUCGCAUCGGUUCCUGCCAAGGGUCAAUAUUCGUAUGGUGGAAAGAAAGGCAGCAAGGGCUCCAAGGGAUGGUCUUCCAAUUGGUCUCCUAGUAAAGGAACCAACUAUAGAAAGGGAAAAGAGAAGACUAAGGGACGAGGCAAAGCUAUGAGAGGAAGUUCUCCGUAUACGUGGUUCUGUGGCUGGUCAAAUCAACAGCAAUGUUAUGUGUGCGGAGGCUAUGGCCAUUGGGCCAGUGACACUGGCCCAGUGUAUGCCCGUCCCGAAAGAUCACAGAUGACAGGCAAGAGCCCAAUAAAGUAA